GCAGCCAAUCAGGGCCUGCGCUGGAACUCGGUGUACUUUCCGCUGCUGUUUUUAGCCUGGCCGUUGUCUUAAAGUAUUGAAAAAUUAUCUAUAUCGAUCAGCCAGGCUGUAUUCGGUCUGAUCGAUCUGAUUAUCGGUUAUCAAACAGUUAGUUACAGUAAGCUGGUUAAUGAUUAGAUAGCCUAGCUACUUAGUAACGGAGCUAACGCUAGUUAACGCUAGUCAGCUUAGGCUAGCGAAUUAUCGCGUUAGCUGCUUAAAGCUAGCUAGUUAGCUUAGCUUAGCUUAGGUAGCUAACAAACAAACACACCAGCGGAGCUGCGGGUUAAACCGUAGCUUAAAAAUCUUAAUAAUAUCUGUAACAGCGGGUCAGCCGAGUCCUGUCAGCCGAACCUGACCGAACCCGCGGGGUACAGGCGGUAUAAUCCCCCCUGUCAGGUUUAUAUAUUAGAUAAAUAUUGAGAUAUUCGGCUGAAGGGCAGGAGAGCUGCGUUUGGUUCGGGGGAGUAGAGUUAGCUCUGUGGCUAACCUGUGUAUUAUUCUGUGAUUCCGGUAUUAUUGCCCGAAAUUUGUGUUUUUCAUAGUUAAAUCUUUAAAGUUGAGUUAAUUAUGGGGUCAGUUCUCGGGCGGAGGAUCGCUGGGGUGGAGGAUAUUGACAUUCAGGCCAAUUCUGCCUACAGAUUCCCACCUAAAUCCGGGAAUUAUUUCGCUAGUCACUUCUUCAUGGGGGGUGAGAAGUUUGACACCCCUCACCCUGAGGGUUACCUGUUCGGGGAGAACAUGGACCUCAAUUUUCUAGGCAACCGUCCUGUGCAGUUUCCGUAUGUGACUCCGGCACCUCACGAACCAGUGAAGACUCUGAGAAGCCUCGUCAACAUCAGGAAGGACUCAUUAAGACUCGUCAGGUAUAAAGAUGAUGCAGACACACCUACUGAUGAAGGCGCGAAGCCCAGGGUUCAGUAUGGUGUGGAGUUCACCUUUGAUUCAGACGCUCGUGUGGCAAUCACCAUCUACUGCCAGGCCUUUGAGGAGUUCUCCAAUGGAAUGGCUGUUUAUAGUCCCAAGAGUCCGGUGAUGGUGUCUGAAACGGUGCACUGUAAGCGAGGGGUGAGCCAGCAGUUCUCCUUACCCUCCUUCAAGAUCGAUUUCUCUGAAUGGAAAGAGGAAGAUCUGAACUUCGAUCUGGACAGAGGCGUUUUCCCCAUGGUGAUCCAGGCUGUGGUGGAUGAAGGAGACGAUUGUUUAGGACAUGCGCAUGUGCUGCUGGCUGCCUUUGAGAGACAUGUGGAUGGGAGUUUCUCUGUGAAGCCCUUAAAGCAGAAGCAGAUCGUGGAUCGAGUUAGUUACCUGCUGCAGGAGAUCUAUGGCAUUGAAAACAAGAACAACCAAGAGACUAAGCCCUCUGAUGAUGAGAACAGUGAUAACAGUAACGAGUGUGUGGUGUGUCUGUCGGAUCUGCGGGACACACUCAUCCUGCCCUGUCGACACCUCUGCCUGUGCAACUCCUGUGCGGACACACUGCGCUACCAGGCCAAUAACUGUCCCAUCUGCAGACUGCCGUUCCGAGCUCUGCUGCAGAUCAGAGCUGUGAGGAAGAAGCCUGGCACUCUGUCUCCUGUAUCGUUCAGCCCUGUGCUGGCCCAGAGCAUGGACCAUGAAGAGCACUCUAGCUCUGAUUCAGUUCCUCCUGGUUUUGAGCCCAUCUCCCUGCUGGAGGCUCUGAACGGACUCACCGCCGUGUCCCCGGCGGUCCCUUCAGCCCCUCUGUACGACGAGAUCAACUUCUCCGGCAGUCUGAGUGGAGACAGCCGGCAGCUCAGCUCCCCCGAGCACUCCGGAGACAACGGCCUGCAGAAGAGCAAAAUCAGCAAAUCACCUGACAGCACCCUGCGCUCGCCCUCAUCUCCAAUCCAGGAGGAGGAUGAGGAGAAGCUGUCAGAGAUGUCUGAUGCACAGGCCCAUACCCUGCUGUCCAGCAGUCCUGCUCCUACUGAGGACACAGCCGGUGACGACGCUCCUGAUUCUCUGUCUCCUGAAGAUGAGGACAGGUUGAACUCAGAGGGUGACUGUAGCAGUGAGCACAGCAGCCUCACCAAAACUGAGAGUGACCCCCCUGGUUUUUCCGGCUCCAUGGAGAGUCUGAUCACUCAGAGUACGAACUGCUCCAGCCAGCCUCUCCUCUGUCCUACAAGCAGUUUGCACAUCGAAGAUGAAUAACUGGACCAUAAGCCCUCACAUUUCCUCUAAUCUCCUAAUCCUCAUAUCCUCAAGGCUUCUGCUGGACCUCCUCAACUCAGAUCUCCUCCUCAACCCACCUUCAUUUUAGAAGUCCUUGCUAAACUAUGAUGGGUUUCCAGACCUGCUCAUUCAGAGCAAGUCCUCCUCCUGUCUGAAGUGAAGUGGCUUUAAUGGGGAAUAUCAAAACAUAUAUAUAUAUAGGUUUAGCAUUUAUUUGUCUGGGAAUCUUAAAAAUUUAUUUAUUCAAGAGAAAAUGAAGAAAAAAAAUAGUGAGAACUAGGGAUGCACCGAAAAUAGCUACAAAAUAAUCUAUUCCUAACAACGACUCAAUUAUUAUUAUUAUUAUUAUUAUAAACUCAUAUUGCAGUGUUUUUGUCUAACAUUAGAAUUUACUUUUUAAGCAGCAGCAGCAGCUGACUCAUACUCCUCUCCAACCCCUGACCCCUAAGAAAGGGCAUGUUUAAUACAUAUAUUAUUAAUAGAAAGAUUCCUCUGUUUGCUACCUCUUUACAAACUGUCUGUUUUUUUCCCAGUUGAAAGAUACUGAAGGCUUUACAGGACUAGGAUAGUAACAUUAGCUAAGCUAACUUAGCCUUAGCAUUUGUCACGGUAUAUUCCCACUAGUGCUUAAGCACCGAUGCAUCCUAUUCAUUUCAGUGGAGAGAGCCGGCACGUGCUGCGGUGCAUGCUGGGUUGCGUUGCAUUGAACGCAAACCCCGCCCUCAACUUUAUUUAAAUGGAUACAGACGCUGCACUGCAUCCAGCCAAUCAGGAAAUACGAGCCUCAAACAAAUAGAACAGCUGCAUUUUUAUACACACAGAGGAGAUGCUGAAAAUGGCUGAAUAUGGAUUAAUAGAAUUAUAGAUUACAGUGAGGUUGAUCUAAAAAAAAAAAAAAUCUUAAACUUAUCAUUGACUACAUUUGUUGCUUCUUUUGAAUUAAAAAACGUAAUUUUACUAAAUUUUAUUCACAUGAAACUGGAUUAGCACUGCUGAGAUACGUUUAUGACUAAGAUAGCUCUAACAAAGAUGUAGCUAGCUGUUUUUAAAUGCGUGAAUAGAACAACAGCGCUGAGGUAAAUUCACGAUUAGAUAAGAGGAAUGAUGAGCUGAACUUAUUAUUGUACAUAUUUUUAAAAUAUAUUUAGGGUGUUUAACUUAAUCCCUGGUGAUAAAAAGUGGCAAAUUUAGUGAAAACCUGCUAAAACUUAUUUGUUAUUCAGAUUAAUGUUGUUUUUCGGUGCAUCUCUAGCUAAAACAGUAGAACCACAGAGGUUCUAGCUUCAUGACUGAAUGCUUUAAAAUAGGAGAGGGAAAAAAAAAAUUAACUGCAGUUCAACACUUAAUAAGCACAUCUUAAUUAAUAAUCAAUCUAAGAAUAAUCAAUAAUAAGAAUCUCUCAUUUUAUGGAGUCUUGAUGAGCGUGAUGAAAGGUGUGUAUACUAAUAUUGCUAAUAUUGGAGCUAUUGUGAAUACUACAGAUCUGUAACUUUGUGAAUUUGAUAUGAAGUAAUGUUUUAUAGCCAGUGCUUAGAUGUCUUUAAGCUUAUUAUUAUUAUUAUUAUUUUGUAUUAUUUUGAGCAUUAUUAUUAUUAUUACUGUAAUAAUUAUUGUUUUUUUUGACUGAACGACGCAGAGAAACACAAGGGCAUCUCUUUCUGAACUGGACCUUAUAUUGCUUUAUCUGUUUUGUACACACAGCCUUGGCUUUCUCCUCAGUUUUUUUUUUUUAUUAUGACCAAAUCUGAUGCUUUAAGAAGUGCGUUCGCGCCUCCUCUUUUCGUAUGGACAGUGGCUUGCAAAAGUAUUCAUACCCCUUGAACUUUUUUUCCCCCACAUUGUGUCACCUUACAACCACAGAUUAAAAUGUUUUAUUUUAUUGAGAUUUAAAGUGAUGGACCAACAAAAAAUAGCACAUAAUUGUGAAGUGGAACAAAAAUGAUGCAUAAAUUUAAAAAAGUAAUGAAAUUAAAAUCUGAGAUGUAUCAAUACUUCGUAGGGAUAUAUCUGUACCAGCUUUGUGCACCUAGAGACUGAGAUUUUUGCUCAUUCUUCUUUACAAAACAGCUCAAGCUCAAGGUUUUUUUUUUUUUUUUUUUUUUUUUAACCUAACCUUGCUUUAAACAUAACUUUAUCUCUGACCUGCCUGGUGAGUUCCUGAGGGUUCUCUAACAAACCACUGAGGCUUUGUUCACGGAACAGCUGUAUUUAUAUUCAUAUAUUUAGACUAAAUUAUUACACACAGCUGCAGGACUCUAUUAACUUAUUCAGUGACUUCUGAAGACAAUUAAAUGCACUGUGCUUUAUUUAGGGGGUUCAGAGGGGUUCAGGGGUUGAAUACUUUUGCACAUCACACUUUUCAAUUUUUUUAUAAAAUAAAAAUCAAAACAAUGCAUCACUUUUCAUUUCACUUUUGCACAAUUAUGUGCUACUUUUAUGUUGGUUUAUCACUUAAAAUCUCUCUUUAUAAAAUACUUUUAAGUUUGGGAUUGUAAGGUGACAAAAUAUAUAUAUAUAUAUAUAUAUAUAUAUAUAUAUAUAUAUAUAUAUAUAUAUAAGAGUUCAAAGGGGGUAUGAAUACUUUUGCAAGCCACUGUAGGUUCUGUAAAAUGAGCUAAUCGCACUGCAUUACUAUUUGAAGUAUAGUCAUAUUGUUCCGUUCCUUUAUUAUUCCAUUAUUAAUAAUAUUAUUGUUGUAAUUAAUGCUUUGUAAAUGAGAAGUGUGCGUUCGGAGCACAGUCGUGUGUGUUAAGCAUGGCCUAUAGGCUCUUAGGAUCUUAAUGGUGAACACAGCAGCAUCGCCGCUACCAGCCGUCACGUCUGACCCAGCGCACCAUGCCCUGCAGUGUUGUAAUGUAGCGUUAUGCAUAGAGGUGUGUGUGUGUGUGUGUGUGUGUGUGUGUGUGUGUGUGUGUAUAUAUAUAUAUAUAUAGAUGUGCCUUUUAACAACAGAUGUUGCUACUUGAUCGUGCUUCGUUCCUUCUUCAGGAGAUAACACGCUUGGAGGCUUGAGAUGUUUCCUCCUUCAGCUUUCAGCACAUGACCAUGCGACUAAAAACAAGCUGUUCUCAUUUAUACAGUAUAUUUCUAAAUUACUAUAGUAUUUAUACAACAGUUUAACAGUGAUACUUACACUCACCGAGCAAACAAUUUAUUAGGAACCCUGUCUACAUACUAGUGCAUCUCAAAAAAUUAGAACAACAUUGAAAAGUUACUUUAUUUCAGUAUUUCAGUUUAAAAAAUGUUAAACUGUAUUAUAUAGAUGUAUUACACUCAUUGUAAUCUAUUCUAAGUGUUUAUUUAUUUUAUUGUUGUUGCUUAUGUAUUACAGCUAAUAAAAAAACCCACAAAAAAAAAAAAACUCACUGUCUUAGAACAUUAAAAGACCAAUUGUUACUUUUAGCAGUGUGUGCAGCGUGCUGACUCCUGCUGGAAAAUGAAAUCCGCAUCUGCACUGACUUCGGACUUAAUGUAACAUAGUGGACCGACACCAGCAAGUAACUUUUCAAUGAUAUUCAAUUUUUUUUAGGAUGCACUAGUACAUAGUUCUAUCAGAACCAUGUAUCUAUGUUUUUACAAUUAUUAUAGAGCUAUAAAGAACUACAGACUGUAGUCCUGUAGUCACCCUGUCACCAUACAUAAUUGCAUUAUCGCCUCAUUGGACAAUAUAUAAAAUAUGGACAUGGCCUGAAUUAAUUUUGCCAACAUAAAAAUUGUCCAUUGUGUUUCCUAGCAUGUUGUUUGAACAUUAAAAAGCAUCAUUCCUUAAGAAACUUCUAAUUGCUACUUUUAGUUUAAAAGCAGUAGCAUUCCUGAGAAAAACAGAAUUUCACUGGAAUUGGUUUACAUUUAUAGUUUGCAUUAAAAGUACUUUUUCAUAUGUUCUGUGCAAUUCCGCAUUCUCACCAGAGAGGUCUCCAAUUCCCCAAAUCCCCAAAACAUACGGACUGUUGCUUUAAUGAAUGAACUUCAGCAAUAUUUUAGCCGGUUAUGCAAUGAGCAGUGUGUCAGUACUGACUCUGGGUGGACUGUAAUAGGUGAGGAUCUCCAAAAAUCUCCCAAAAUAUUACUAUUAAAAGUUAAUUGCAGUAUAAAAAUAAUGAAUUGCAUUAUUAUGCUGUUAAAUUAUUAUUAUUGAAUCAGUUGCAUAAAAUUAUUAUUAUUACUAAAUUGUUAAUCCCAAUUAUUUUUGGCACAAUAUUUUGUCCAAAAAAACUAAAUUAGUAUGUCUUGUCACUAUAAUUAAUUUAAUUUGGAUGAUUUAAGUGCAAUAAAUGAUUUUAAUGAUUAUUAUUAUUAUUAUAAUGAUUCAGUGGAAUUUUAUAAUUAACACAUAUUUAGUUAGAGCAUUUAGACAAUUGAAUUAAAAUACAAAAAUAAUAUUCUAAAUAAAUUAAAUGUAAAUUAAAUCGAACCAUUGUCUUCAAACCAAGGUGACAUAUCGCGCUGUUCAUUUGGUCAUUUAAUGGUCUCUCCAUUCUGACAGUAACAUAAUGUGUAAUUCUGCUUAUAUAUCGUACGAUAAAUUAAUAAUGUAAUUAUCGUGGCAGGCUUAAAACUCCACAGGACCACCAGAGAGCAGCUGUUAUUUGUGUGGUUUGUGUGCAUUUAAUGCACUGCUACAUAAUUUGGCUUUAAUUUGGAUUUAUUUCAAUGUAAAAACAUAACUGACUAGCUGUACAGGUGUUCCUAAUGAAUUGCUGGGUGAGUGUAAUAAUUGUGUGUGUGUGUGUGUGUGUGAGAUUGAAUUUAAAGUCUAUUUAGUGCAUCACGUCAGUGCUGUAUCAGGUGAGCUGUGGGCAGGUGUAGUGCUCUGUAAAUGUGUCUGAAAGCUCAAUAAUUCAUAUGCAAUAUUGAUCAGUGGCUUCAUAUUAAUAACCAGGCUAAGCUCUGCAUGGCAUGUGGGUGAAGAUGGUGGAUUGAAGAUGCUCACUUUAUUUAUCUCCCUCAGAUAAUGUGCCAUUUCAACUCGAUGAUCCACUGUGCCUUCUCGUUCCUGUUGGUAAUAUUAUUGGCCUGGUAUCCAGGAUGUUAACAUUGGGUCAGCCAUAGUUCUGCAGUCAGAUUAGUGUGUGUUCUGUGUGAGUGUGUGUGUGUGUGUGUGUAGUGUUCAACUGCAUGUAACACCAAUAAAACUCAUUCUUCAAUAAAA